GUUGCUGUCACUCGCCGCCCUGUGUCACUCUCCCUGGGAUGAAGGUGCCUAUAACGGGAACCGCAUGGAAGUUUGUGCGCUUUAUUACCAGAAGCGGGCACGUUUAAGAGAUUUCACCGCAGGGGGGUGUGGGGAAAAGAAAAGACCAGAUGAGUGGUUGCUUAACACAUUUUUUGGCGUACUCAGAAAGCCGAGAAUACUAGUCGCCAACACUGGCAGCGGGUUUACUGGUAAACCCCCAGUAAGGGUCCCGGAGCCUGGGAAUCUUGACUGAUAUUACACGGGAGGGCUUGUGUGAACAUUAGAAACAUGUUCAGAAAGUUUUGUAUCAUCGUCCUCUCUCACGUCAUGCUGUUGUUCGUGACCCUGCCACCCUCCCUCUCCCAGAGAUCGAGUGGACCAAAGUUUUUAAUAGGAGAUCGUGAUCAAGACCUGGAGUGCAAUGUACAUUGUUCUGGCUCCCAGCUGAAGCCUCUCUGCAUUUCCGAUGGCAGGACAUAUGAAUCAAGGUGUGAUUACCUGAGGGCCAAGUGCCGGGAUUCAACACUGGAGAUCACACACCGAGGCAGAUGUAAAGAGGCCGGCCCGACCAAGUGUCGGACAGAGAGAGCGCAGCAAGCACAGGAACAGGCCAAAAAGCCGCAGGAACCGGUCUUUAUUCCAGAGUGUAACGAGGACGGCUCAUUUGCUCAGGUGCAGUGCCACACUUUCACAGGGUAUUGUUGGUGUGUUACUCCUGAUGGAAAACCAGUGAGUGGAUCUUCGGUUAAAAAUCAAACACCAGUGUGUUCAGGUUCAGUAACCGACAAGCCCUCGGGGCCCAGCAGUUCAGGCAGAAAAGUUUCUUUUCAAUUCUUUCUAACGCUCAACUCGAAGCCGACGCCAACUGCGGAAACCCAGCCGGUGUUUGACGGAGACGAGAUUACAGCGCCAACCCUUUGGAUAAAGCAACUCGUUAGCAAAGACUCCAAGCAUAAUGGCUCCAGCAUGAGGAUACUGGAGAAGCCAUCCUGCGAUCAAGAGAGGCAAACGGCUCUGGAGGAAACUAGGCAGUAUCCACGAGAUGGCAUCUUCAUUCCAGAGUGUGCAGCGGCAGGGCUCUAUAAACCAGUGCAGUGCCACCAGUCAACCGGGUACUGCUGGUGUGUGCUGGUGGACAUUGGGCGGCCAAUUCCUGGAACCUCUACCAGAUACCAAACGCCAGACUGUGACAGCAACGCCCGGUCCAAGCUCAUAGAGGGCGAUGACCCUUUCAAGGACAAGGAACUACAAGGUUGCCCGGGAGCAAAGAAGAUGGAGUUCAUAACCAGCGUGUUGGACGCCCUGACCACCGAUAUGGUGCAAGCAAUCAACUCGCCCGCACCUGCCGCAGGAGGAAGGUUUCCAGAGCCCGACCCAAGCCACACUCUGGAGGAGCGAGUGGUGCACUGGUACUUUGGCCAGCUGGACAAGAACAGCAGCAACAACAUCCACAAGAAGGAAAUGAAGCCAUUCAAACGCUUCUUGAGGAAGAAAGCCAAGCCCAAGAAAUGCGGACGGAAAUUCACUGAUUACUGUGAUUUGAACGAGGACAAAACCAUUUCACUGCACGAGUUGAAAGGAUGCUUAGGAGUGAAGGAAGGAGUAGGACGUUUGGUGUGAAGGAUACAGUGGAGCAUUGAGAGGAGACAGAGGAUAGAACAAGUGCUUCUAUAAGUGGGCACAACAAAAUGGCAAUAAUCUGAAUGCAAGAAGUGUCGCCAAAAGUUUGCACUUUUUAAAAAAAAAUGUAUACCAUUAUAGAUUGAUUAUAGAAGAAAGAUGCAAGUUUCUAAACAGCUACUGAUUUUUUUUUUAAAGAAACUUAAACCUUAGUGGUUUGGACAGAACAAAACUUGAGGAGAUAUUUAAUUGUACAGUUCUGAUGUACAGUUGUUGCAUCACUGCGUCUGUGGCAUUUAGUGCUGCCCAUGUCCUUAAUCACAUACAAUGUAUGUGUGGUUUCUAUAAUCAACAGGUUUUUCAUUGACAGAUUCUUUGUUGCUAAUUUUAGUCACAUCUUGAGGAACAAAGUAUGACUAGUGAAAAAGACUGUUAGAAAAGAAGAGAGCCCUGCUUCAAUGGUUAAUGGAAACAAUGUCUUGUAGAUGUCAAAGCUUAUGAAAAAUAUUAAAUCUCUGGCUUUUCUUUUUCCUUCAUCACAGAAAUAAUGCAUAUUGUUUCCCAACACAGUGCAUUACUGAUUUACUAAUAAAACUAUAGAACAAA